AUUGUGAGCGCGCAUUUUGGAUGGUGCGCAACUAGGGUGAAGGGUGUAUUCGCUCCCGUUUGUUUUCACUGUCUAGCUUUCAAGAAGAGCGUUGAGUAUACUUUAAUAUGUCCAUCGUAUUCCUUGACCAAUAUCAUCUGAAAUUUCCGCGUCAUCUAACUUGCACUUAAACAUGUCUCUCCCUGAAACUGGAAAAACUGAAGCUACUCAAAUUUUUCCUUCAGAACAGUCAGUAAUUCAAACCUGGGAACGUCAGCAGGAUGUUCAUGUAGCUCAUCCUCAUUUGGAUAUGUUGGAUGCUUGGUCUUCAGAUGGUGGCAGUAUUUCUUCGUCAUCAUCCUGCUGCUCCGACACUCACUGCAUUAAUUCUGAUGAUCCAAUGGAGUCUACAAAUUGCGGUGAAUUAACUGUAGAAGAUCGUAUCAACUCUACAAAAGACAUGCGUAGGCCAAUGUUAGCUCAAAACCGUAAUCUUCAUUACUUGAAAUGUGCUGGUGUAUACACUAGUAAAGAGGUUGUUGACCAAGCUAUAGAUCGUUGGGAAUCGUAUAAAAGUUUAUGCUAUCAAGGUCUAUCUGUCUUAAGACAACAGCUUGUCGAUGCUUAUAUCCCUCAUGCAAUGGAAGAAAACAAAGUGUGUUCAGCCAAACAAGUAUCCAAGGGAUCAGGUGUGAUAUCUAAUUUAUCGGCUCGAAGUCAGCUGAGACAACGUGCUGCUAAAAAUAUACUCCGUCAUUCUGUGAAGACAGCAAAUCAAAGACAUUUAUCCUGUGUAUCUAAAUUUGCUAUAGUCAGUAAUCGUAUAGCUAAGUGGCGUAAACCUACUGCAAGUCAACAAUGCCGUUUUCGUGAUCCUACAACAACAACUUGGGAAAAACGUUGUACAAAUCAAUGUGUUCCACUAUUACCAGUCUGUUCUUAUCACUUAGUUCAAAUGCGACCUGCACCAGAUUAUGAUUUGAAUUCAUCGGAUAUAUACAAAAAUUUGAGUAAUGAAAUGAAUGCGGAAGGAAGUAUCCCAAAGGCUAUUCCUAAAUCUGAAGAGCUUGUACCUGACUAUAGUGUUAACGCGAAGACUAACACUAAAUCUGAUGCUGAACAAACUUCUCUACCCGCUCAAAGUGUUUCUGGUGACCGCAGUCGUCACUCGUCUUGUGGAGAUCUUUCCACCUGUACUUUGAAUAAAACAAUCAAAUUUGAUGAUCAUAUUAAAUCUCAAUCUUCUCGGAUAAACCGAAGUGGUAAGGGACACUUUGAUCAGUCCAGUACAGUCACCCCUAAUUCUCCCAUCCUACAGAUGCCAUCACAGAUGAACAAUACCGGUGUAUUCAUUGUGUCUGCACUUCGUAGUCCUAUCGGUCGAAUGUCUGGUUGUCUAUCUGGUUUAUCAGCGCAUCAGUUAGGUGGUCAAGUGAUCAGCUCUGUACUGGAAAAUGCUGUGGAAGGCUCAAAUAAUCCAAAAGAAUUAAAAAAUUACAUUGUGGAACAUUUGGAAGAAGUUAUACUUGGUCAAGUAUUGACAGCAUCUACUGGACAAAAUCCUGCUCGACAAGCAGCUAUAUUGGCAGGAAUUCCUUAUUGUGUACCAGCUUGGGGAGUGAAUAUGGUUUGUGGAUCAGGCUUGAAAUCUGUAUGUAUAGGCUUCGAUCGAUUAAAUGCCUCUUCAUCCUCUGAAGGCGGCUGGAUACUGGCCGGUGGACAAGAAUCAAUGAGUCAAGCACCGCAUACUACUCCUCCUAGAGCAUGUCUACGACGUGUAGGUGGUCAAAAUACUUCAGAACUUCCAAAUUAUGGGAAUUUCACUUUAUUAGAUACAAUUAUAAGUGAUGCUCUAACGGAUGCAUUCUGUAAUAUAUCUAUGGGUGCAACUGCUGAGAUUGUUGCUAAAAGAUUUGGAAUUAGCCGAGAAGAACAAGAUUUAUUCGCGCUCAGAUCACAGGAGAAAUAUGCAGCCGCUUUACAAGCUGGUUACUUAGUCAAUGAAAUAACACCAAUCAAGGUUCCAGGUGUUGGCAAAGAAGAAGCGAAAUUAGUGGAUACUGAUGAACAUCCACGACUAGAUACCACUUUGGCCAAGCUGUCGAAAUUACGGCCAGCAUUUCAAAGUGAUUCAGCUGGCGGUGGCACAGUUACAGCAGGUAAUACAAGCGGUGUUAAUGAUGGCGCUGCAGUACUACUACUUUGUCGUGGUGACCAAUUAUCGAAACUUGAUGUUCGUCGCCCUCUUGCUCGUAUUGUUGGUUGGCAUCAAGCUGGUUUAGAACCGGAAUUAAUGGGUCUCGGUCCUAUCUUCGCUAUCCGAGGACUGUUAUCUAAAAUUGGUUGGAAGAUUGAAUCUGUCGAUUUGUUUGAAAUCAACGAGGCAUUUGCUUCUCAGUGUAUUGCUAUCGCUACAGAAUUGUGUAUAUUACCGGAAAAAUUGAAUAUUUGCGGUGGUGCUAUCGCUCUAGGCCACCCAGUUGGAUGUAGUGGAGCUCGUAUACUUGUAACACUAACGCAUACACUACAACGUAUUUCUAAUGAACAAUCAUCAGGUGAUUUCGAUGUUCGACGAGGUGUAGCAGCUUUGUGCAUUGGUGGCGGCAUGGGUAUUGCAGUUGCUGUGGAAACGUGCAAAUGAUCAUUAUAAAUUAUUUUUAGUCAUUAACAUUCCUAUUACUAUUUUUUCUUGUUUAUUUUUCUUAUGUGAUUCACCAUCCCCGUAGUGCAUGGUCAACUUAAUUUUUAAAUAAGAUUUGUAAAGAUACUGUGCUUUACUAUCAGUGUUGAAACUUACUUUUGUUGACGACCUAUGAAAUUCUUCACUCUUAUUUCUUCAAAUGAUGGUACUAUUUUAUUGGAUGAUAUGUCCACUAGCUGAAGAUAAUAAAUAAUAAAAUAGAUCGAGUCAAAGUAUUCAUUGUUCUUAAUACAUUACUAUUAUUCAUUUUCAUAAACUUUGAAAACUUUUGUUGUUAUAAAUCAUGUUUGAUUUCUCAUUGUCUAGAUGAAAGGCUACUUCAAGGUAUAAGCUUUACACAGGAAUAGUGAUGAAUCUUGAUGGGAAUGGGUAACUUUGAUAUCUUAAAAACGGUAAUAUAGAUUAGUUGUUAGUAGGGAUUUGGUGGUAGUGUGAGUAGAUAAAAUCCUUAUUGCUGUAUGUGUGUGUGUAUCUGAGUGAUUACAUAUUUGCUGCUUCAUUGACUGAUUUAUCUGUCAUCCUACCUAGAAACGUUCGCUUAACCAUGCUUGGUGUCUUUCUGUCAUCCAGCAGUUCGAUGGUACAUGUCUGGUUUUUAUCCAUCAUAUUUUUCAGUUAUGGGCUAAUUAACCUGUAAAUCAUUUAGUUCACUGCUCUUAGUGUAU